CAUGUAGCCAUCUUCCUUGUUCCAUGAUAGUUUUCAACAGGUUUCUCUCAAUUCUCAGGGAGGCUAUGGAGGUCCCAAGCCGAAGAGGGACCGACCUGCUUGCCGAAUGGGUGUCUAAAAACGACGAUUUCGUCCGGAGCUUGCCGAUAUACGUCGGUGGCGCAUCUCUGGCGGCUGUGCUCCUCAAUCGAGCGGUGUCGGGCAUUGCUCCGGUUGCUGACGCUAGCAGUUCCCAGUCUAGAGCAGAUCUGUUGACGCUUGGUUUGGCUGUUACCAAUAUCUUGAAUGGUCUUGUGUGGCUCUCGAUUCGCCCAAAAACUAUUUCUGUGGUAGAUCCCAAUGGGGUGGAUUGUCGAAGAAUUUAUCAUGGCCUUCCUGAAUAUGUGACUUCAGAGUAUUUAUAUUUAUUCUAUUUUAUCUACUUCUUUCGUUCAUCUUUCUACACUUCCACUCAUUAUUACUUAAUGAUUCUUAGGCUGUUAAUUUUUUUCAGAUAUUUAUUGUUCCUGUUUUUCUCAAUUAAUGUUUACUUUAUGAAAAGCGGAAAAAGAACUGUUUCUUUUUGCCAAUCCUGCAUUUUGCAAAUAGGGUUUGCUGAUGUCUUGCAACCAAAUGGAGAUGAACCCAUUGGUGUAGAUGCUGACAAAUUGAUCCAAGGAUCCCUCUAUAAGGGACUUAUGAGAUCUGGAUCACAAAGUUAUUUGGCCAAUCUGUCAUUAUAUCCUGGGAAGACUGAGCUUCCGUUUUUACCUUCAAAUACACAGGCUGUUAUCUUGCAACCACUUGGUGAGAAAGGAUUUGCAAUAGUUGGUGGUGACACAAUAAGGGGAUUCACUACUUCAGACCAGGCAUGGAUCACAUUAAUAGCAGAGAAGUUAGAUGCUACACUCGCAAAACCUGUAAAUAAAACUCAAUUGACAGUGGAAGAGAAUAGCUGAUUAAUCCAGCUGUGACUUGAAUUCCUGAUCAGCCAAUGAUGCCUAAUGCAUCACAUUCAAUGGCUAAUCUCUGGCUAAAUGCUCUGGCAUCCCAUUCUUUUGUUCCUGCAACACAGAUGUCCAAUUUUCCGGAAGCACCAUCAAGUUGAGCCCCACUGCUACAAUAGAUUGAGAAUGCCAGAUUUUUAUGGAUGUCCAAGCAGAGUAUCUUUUAAUGGGAAGAUACAUUUUGUUGUUUCUAUGCUACAGAUUCUUUUGGAUUUCACAUUUCUAAUGUCUUGCAAUAGUUUCCUUACUUGUAAACUAUGCAUUCAAUAACGCUGCUGAAGAGUUCAAUCAUUCAAUAACAAAGCUAAAACUCACAUCCUUACUAUC